CGAAUAGUUCCGCUAUUCAAUACCGGAGUGUAUAAAAAGCCCAGUGUUGACUUCACGAAUUGUAUCUACAAGGCUUUGGCUUACUCCAUCUGCAGAGUCUCCAUAUCGACAAUAGUGAAACAAAACGUCUUUUAAGAAAGCUUUGCGUACAAAGAUGCAGUUGGUGCUUGGCUUGCUUGCCCUGUCUUGUGCAGCGGGCCUGCAGUCUGCUGAAGGUGCAAAGUACGAUGUGCUAUCCUGCAAUUCCUUCAACUUAGCGAAUAACCAAUACGAACAAAAUGCAGACCACGGCUCAUGGCCAGCCAGCGGCUUCUGUCGUGCAAUUCGUAACCAGAUCCUCCCUGACGGCGCACACUAUUCCUACGAGGCUUCGGUGUCGCUGUAUAACGCGAGGGGGAGGGGCGGGGUGAAUUUUGGUCAUCUUGGAUUGGCUUACAAUGCGCUGGAUGCGAACAACUUCGAUUUCGUAUACUUUCGUCCUCACUCCUCUGGGGGCUGCUUCCAAACUGGUUACGUCAUCAACGGAAUCCCAACAUUCCCCGCGGACUCAGUAUCCAGUGCUUGCCCAAGCGGACCUCCGAGGGGUGGAGCAUGGUUCCAGGCAAAGGUUCUCGUCCAGGGUACCAAAGCUCGCAUAUUCCUGGACAACAAGCUAAUCCGAGAAGUUUCUACCCAUUACCGACCAUAUGGACGCGCAGGCGUCAUCGUCGCGAACGGUUACAAAAAUGUUAUCUACUUUAAAAACUUCGAGAUAAAAGGCAUCUCAAAAUCCUACCCCUUCCCGGCGAGGUCUUGUAUGGCGACACACACUCUUCCUGGAUAUUACUUGCUGGACGCGGACCAUGGCUCCUGGCCGCGAAGCGGGUUUUGCAGAACAUUACUUAAACCUGCUUUACCUGGUUCCUCUUAUCGGGUGUCGGCGAAGUUCUUGAAUCUGAUCGGGCGUGACGGUGUUAAUUUUGGACAUCUUGGACUGAUGUUCAAUGCAAAGGACAUUAACAAUUUCGAUUUCGUCUAUUUUAGGCCACACUCUGCUGGGGGCUGCUAUCAAACAGGAUAUGUCGUCAACGGGGUCCCUAAUUUUAGUGGUGCUUCCUCAGGGCCUUGCUCUGGUGGCCCCCCAUUAGGCGGAAAAUGGUUCAGCGCGCAUGUUGACGUCAUCGGAACACGCGGCAAAAUCUUCCUCGGAGAGAUCCUGGUAGCGACUAUCACAACCCAUUUUCCCGCCAAACUACAAGGCGGUGUCAUCGUUGCCAAUGGUUACAAAAAUGUCAUAUACUUCAAAGAGUAUAAAAUGAAGAAGCUGUCGGAUGGGCUCCCAUUCCCUUCACGGUCUUGUCGAGCCACGUUACGAGGGCUUGGGUACUAUGAGCUGGAUGCUGCGCAUGGAACGUGGCCUGCUAGCGGGUUCUGCAGAGUGCUCAUGCCAAAAAGUCUUCAUACUAAAGAGUACAGUGUGUCUGUUGACUUGUAUAACGUGGUUGGCUGGAAAGGCGUUAACUCUGGGCACUUGGGUCUCAUGUAUAACGCCAAAGACAUUAACAACUUUGAAUUUGUGUAUUUCAGACCCCAUUGGGUGGCCGGUUGCUACCAGACCGGAUAUGUGAAGAAUGGGGUUCCUGUGUUUGACAAUCUCGCAGUUAACCGCCCGUGUGUUAAUGGACCACCAAAAGGACAGACUUGGUUUACUGCAAAGGUCAGUGUUGAAGGAGCAUCGGUAAAAAUCUACAGAGAUAAUGUAUAUCUCAGCUCAGUCCCUACGCGCUUCACUCCCACACCAAAAGGUGGUGUCAUUGUCGCCAAUGGUUACCAGAACGUCAUCUACUACAGAGACUUCAGGCUCCGCCCACUCAACCAGCCAAUACCGUUCCUUACCACUCAGUGCAUUAGUGCAGCUCAGAAAGGCAGCGGUUAUACACUUCAUGGUAAUAAACGGCGCAUGGCCUGGGAGCGGGUUCUGCCGUGCGCUGUACGACGAGGUAAUUGCAGGCUCAGGUUAUACAAUCUCUGCUGAUUUCUACAACGUUCGCGGAAGGUCUAGUAGCCAGUCUUCUGGAGUUGGACAUCUUGGAAUAAUGUUCAACGCAAAGGACCUGAACAAUUUCGACUUCAUUUACUUCAGGCCCCACUGGGCCAACGGCUGCGUACAACCCGGAUAUGUCCAGACCAAUGUCGUCCACACUACGUCCACGUUCCCAUGCUCUAACGGCCCUCCAGCCACAGGAACCUGGUUCAACAUCAAAGUUGUCGUGGCCGGAAGUCAGGCUCGUGUCUAUAGAGACGGAGUUCUCGUGCGCACCAUUUCCGGUCACUUUUCCGCUCUCGCAAGUGGUGGCGUGGUCGUUGCCAAUGGUUAUGACAACGUUAUUGAAUUCAAGAAUUUUAAUGUCGUGAAAAACUAGGCAUGCAGUUGUAAUGGUACUUGGCCCUAGCCUUUAGUACAAAUAUUAAACAAAAGAAACCAA